AUGGCACCACCAAAGGCUCCCCUUCCGGCGCGCCUGAUCGCCGGUGACUUCUUGGGCUUCAACUGGAACAAGGUGACAUGGAUGGCGCCAUACAACAACUUUUACCCCAUCACCGCCUGCGGGGGUCUCGGCGGCCGCCUGUGGUCGUCCUUCAUUCAGUACGGCCACUUCCACAACCGCGCCACGUGGAUUGUAAUGCGCAACGGCGCGCUGGCCAUCCCGUCAGUGCUAGCAGCUUUUGUGAUGGUAUCCAACGUCGACUGGUACGAAGCCCUUAUGUGCGCAUGCUACUUCCCCGGCUGGGGAGUGCCGGAGUGGGCACAGAAGCGGCACGCAGAGGAAAUGGUGUACCUCUCGUGGAACAAACCCGGCGCGAUGGCGAAGCACCACUACGCCGGCUCCGUGUCGAUCCCUGGAUCGGAGAAGCUCAUCACCGCCUAA